AGGGUGUUUGGGGAGCAGUAGGUCUCGGAGCUCCAAUGCCAGUGGACAUGCAGCCACACCAGGGGCUGUAUCACUACGAGACCUCACCCAGCCAGCCCUCCAGAGGCAUAGUCUCAUCAGACCAGUCUCCCUACAGUGAUGUGACCUCGCUGCGUAGCCCGCUCCUCAACGGCCCCCCCCAGGACUGCCGCGCUAUGUAUAACCCCAUGACUCCCAGUAUGACUCAUGGAUCUGGCCCAGGCCAGGGGAUUGGCCACUGCAUGGAUCAAUAUAUGAGGCCCCCUCAGGCCCCACCGCCACACAGUAUGAUGGGCCACAGGGGCAUGCCGCCCCCAGAGGGUGGCAACAGUACCCCCUACUGUAACCAGAACAACAUGAUGUCCUCUCAUCACAACUUCUGCCAUCCUGGCUCAGAUCAGAUGGGCUCAGUUGAUGGCUCAAGGUUCUCCACACCUCGAUCCAUACUGAAGCUGAGUAAAAAGAGAGCUCUGUCUAUCUCUCCUCUGUCUGAUGCCAGUGUGGACCUGCAGACAGUGAUCCGCACAUCACCCAACUCUCUGGUGGCCUUUGUCAACUCUCGCUGCAACCCUAAUGGGGCCAGUUCUUAUGGGCACCUCUCUGUGAGCGCCAUGAGCCCGUCCCUUGGCUAUUCCAGCAAUAUAAACUGCCAAUCCAGGCAACACUUUUCAAUGUAUGGAGGAGGCGGGGGGACGUCUCUGGGUGGACACACACAAGGUCCCUGCCAAGCUUCCCGCUUACCUCCCCACAAUCCUCGGCUCCACGUUCCACCCAAGCAUGGACACCUGAAGACAGAGCCAGGGCUGGGACUUGGCAUGGAUGGCAUGAAUUUGAAGAGCAUGGAGGAAAGGUCAGAGGGUGAUGUGGCCAGUCCUUCUUCCACUGGCACUCAGGACCCCCUCAUGGGCCUACUGGAUGGCAGAGAUGACAUGGACAAGGACGACGGGAAGCCUGAACCAGAGGCCAUCUACGAAACCAACUGCCACUGGGAGAGCUGCAUCAAAGAGUUUGACACACAAGAGCAGCUUGUUCAUCACAUCAACAAUGAGCACAUCCAUGGGGAAAAGAAGGAGUUUGUGUGUCACUGGCAGGAGUGCUCUCGAGAACAGAGGCCGUUCAAAGCCCAGUACAUGCUGGUGGUUCAUAUGCGCAGACACACAGGAGAGAAGCCACAUAAGUGCACUUUUGAAGGCUGUAAUAAGGCCUACUCUCGCCUGGAGAAUUUGAAGACCCAUUUGCGCUCUCACACAGGAGAGAAACCAUACGUGUGUGAACACGAAGGCUGUAACAAAGCCUUCUCCAACGCUUCAGAUCGGGCCAAGCACCAGAACCGAACUCACUCCAAUGAGAAACCUUAUGUAUGUAAGAUCCCCGGCUGCACUAAGCGGUACACAGAUCCAAGCUCUUUGCGUAAACAUGUAAAGACGGUGCACGGCCCUGAAGCCCACAUCACCAAGAAGCACCGUGGAGACACAGGACCUCGACCCCCCGGUUCAGCUAUGACCCCUGGAUGCCCGAGCUCUGAACUGCUGCUGGAGAAAGAGGAGACACGCAGGGAGGACUGCAAACUGCUUAUUCCUGAGACGGCUCUGAAAUCCCAGCCCAGCCCUGGUGGUCAAUCAUCCUGCAGUAGCGAACGUUCUCCACUGGGGAGCGCCAACAACAAUGACAGUGGGGUGGAGAUGAACCUAAAUGCAGCUGGCAGUCUGGAGGAUCUCACAGCACUGGAGGAUGGAGUUGCAGGAGGAGGAGGGGAGCCAGGAAGUGUUGGAACAAUGGGAAUGUCAGCACAGGCUUUGAAGAGGCUGGAGAAUCUGAAGAUUGACAAGCUGAAGCAAAUCCGCAGGCCGCCCCCUCCUGGCCGCUGUGCCAGUCACAAACUACCUGCACUUCCGGGUCCAGGGGAGAAUGUGGGCAUGUGUGCACCUUCUCCACUCCUCUCAAAUCGAAGGGUUAUGGAACUGUCCAAUCACGAUUUAGGAGGUGGGACAUCGAUUGGCUGCCCUUCAAAUGACAGAAGAGGAAGCGGCACCAGCAGCUUAAGCUCUGCAUAUACUGUUAGCCGUCGGUCCUCCAUGGUCUCUCCUUACCUUUCCAGCCGGCGCUCAAGUGAUGUCUCACAAAUGGGAGGAACUGGAGGCGGAGGAUGUCACCACCUUGGCCCAGAGCAGAGUGUGGGAGACCCCCUCUCUCCUGAGACCAAUCGCAGAGGAGCUCCAUGUCCUGGAGGAGGAGGAUUGCCAGGUCUUCCUAUUUUAACACCUGCCCAGCAAUACAGCCUAAAGGCCAAAUAUGCUGCAGCAACUGGUGGACCACCACCUACUCCUUUACCCAAUAUGGAGCACCCAAUUACUCCAGGCAGAAGAGGAGGUGUUUUGAGUGAGUACCAGAGUCAGCCUCUGCCUCCAUUCCUCCAACAUGGUGGUCCACGUAGGCACAGUGCCAACACAGAGUAUGGCACUGGUGUCAUCUACCCACACCAGGCUCCAGGCAACCACAGCAGGCGAGCCAGUGACCCCGUCCGAUCAGUAGCAGAUCCUCAAGCUGCCCCCAAGCGCUUCAACAGCCUGAAUAAUAUAGCCAUGAUGGGCCGAAGAAAUGCGCUUCUACAUCGUGGCUCAGACACCAGUCUUUCUCGCCAUCUUUACUCCCCUCGGCCACCUAGCAUCACAGAGAAUGUAAUGAUGGAGGCUAUGGGUAUGGAGCCCCAGAUUGGCUCUGUUGAAGCCAGGGAUCGCUCCAUGAUGAUGCCCCCUGGAGAGAGAAGCUUCAUGGGAUAUCAGCAACAGCAUCAAACUAUGGGAGGAGCUGGGGCUUCUCUCGGAAAUCAGCUGUCUCCAAGACAUGACUCUCCGAGUUGCCCAGACCAGGGUUACAUGCAGGGCCACUACCAGAACCAGGGGGGGGAAGUCCCUUCCAGGGCUGGUGGAAAUCCAAUAGGCCAAGCAAGGCCUGUUCACUCGGAGGGCAUAUCCAAUUCCCUUCUCCAACAGACCGAGUACAGCAUGAGCACAUGCCAGCUUAGCCCCUCAGGCCCCAAUUACCCAGGCUGUGGCCAGGGUGGUGAUGCUGGAGGUCCUUGGACUGAUUCCCACAACCAAAUCCAAACUCCCAACCAGGCUAUCCAGAACCAGCGAGGAAUGCAGUUUGUAGAUCCUAGCCUGCAGCCUCAACACACACAAGCCCACUUCAACAAUCAGACAGGCCUCUACAACAGUCCAGAUGGAACCCACAAGCUUACCAUCAAGCCUGAGCAGCAGUUCCACCCUGGGAUGGGAGGUGGAAAUGCCUGUCAAAGUGCUAAGCUCCAACAGCAGCGGAUGCUCCUCCAGCAGACUCAAGGUUACCCACAACCUGGCCAGGUCCUGCUGAGGAACUCAAACAAUCCCAGCUGUGACUUUCAAGGGCCGAACCAGAACUCCUACCCCAGUGGAGGGGGCUUGAGCUUAGGCUGUGCUGGUACUGCGCUGACAGAUGGGCAGAGGUCAGAAACCCCCAUGCUGCAGGUGAAGGAGAUGAUGGUGAGAAACUAUGUACAGUCCCAACAAGCACUCAUGUGGGAGCAGCAACAAGAACAGCAACAACAGCAGCAGCAGAGUGGAAUAAAACCUCCUCCUCUAUCUGAUAAUAUGGAUAUGAGUGGCCAGACAGCAAUGAUGCAGCUAAGUCCACAGCAUCAAAAUCAGAAUCUCUACUCCAACCAGCCAUAUCCGUCCUACCCUAACCAGAACCUGGUCAUGAGCCCCCCGGCCCACGGCCGAGGGACCAGCUCUGUGCCACCUAAAGAGCAGCAGCUGACAGGUCUCCAAGGCUCAUGUUAUGGUCAGGAGAUGGUGGUCCCCAGGCCUCCUCAGGGACGGAAACCUCUCAGCCGCCAGAACAGCCUGUCACAGGUAGCAGGGAGCUACCUUGGAAGCCCACCCCAACUCAGCCCUGUCCACUCCACUUCCAGCCCCAGGCGAGCAGUCCGACUCCCUCCAGUCCAGCAUCCACAGCACACGCAAAAUGAAAUGUUCUCUCCUUCCAAUAACAAUAACAUGUACUAUUCAGAUCAGAUAAACAUGGACAAACACAUGGACCCCCAGAAUGGACCUUGUGUCAACCAGCAGCACAUUAUGGGUUCCAACCUGGACCCAACAGGGGGCACAAAACCUCUCCCCAUGACUCCCUAUCCUGAAUCUGGCCCCAUCUCCAAUGCGUUAGAAAACUUGGACCUCGAUAACGCUCGCAUAGACUUCACCUCAAUCAUUGAUGAUGCUGAUUCUUCCUCAUUCAGCCCAAUCAACCCUCCCCUUCAGGGUCAGCCAGGGUCUUCCACCCAGGCCUCAUCCCGCCUCAACACCCCCCAGACUUCUGUUACCCUAGCUCCAGGCUCAGGUCUGUCCAACAUGGCUGUAGGCGACAUGACAUCAAUGCUCACCUCGCUGGCUGGGGAGAACAAAUACCUGAACACACUGUCUUAAAAGGAACGUUUAUGGCAUCUUUUUGAAGAUUAACAAUCAGGUCGAGGCCUUGGCAAGUUCUUAAUGUUUUAAUUGAGAUCCCACAUGAAAGCCCAGUAUUCAGGAGUAACCAACAGGGGGUUACUUUGUAAGAACUUUCAGUUGGGGAAUAGGAUAAGUGGGCCCCUUUUUAAAUGGAUCAUUUGAUGUGAUGGAUCAUUAGUCUGGGCUGUUUUAAACAUUCACAUAAGUGUUUAUAAAUAAACCCAACAUAUAAACCUGCAUUCAAUCCAGGAUCCUGAACUUGAGAGGGGUCUGUAGCUAAUGGAAUAUCCAUGUAAUACAAUUUGGUCGCAAGUUGAGACAAAGCUGCGAAUGUGAUCCUAUCACAGGUUUCAGAAUUGUAAAAAUCCUCACUUUCAGCCUUAAAACCAAAGGUGCCUGAUCAACCUCCCUCACUGUAUUGUUCCUUCACUGCCUUGGUACUUGGUAUUUUCUGUGCCUUACUGUAAGACACAGAGCCUUACGCCUGAUAUGAAACUGAUACUGAACGUUUUCCAAACAGGCAUUCCAGUCACAUGGGGCUGUGGCAACAGUGGAGUAGAGAAGGAUGCAUGUAAAUACGUUUUAUAUACAUAUAUUAUAAUGUUGUGUACAUGACAAAGAGACAAUGGAUUAAUCAUCCUCUGUCUUGUGAUAGACUGCUUGAAUUCUGAAGGCCAAUGUUCAGAAAAGAGUUUAUAAGAUGGGUGUUUCGAAAAGCUAAGUGAAGACUAAAGUUGUGCUUUUAGUGAUUGAGAAGUUGUUUCUCGGUGCUACUAAAUAUUAAUCUGUAUUAAUAGGGAUUUCUUCCUUGUCAUCAACAACACGCUCUAUAGUGGCAUAUCAGUAUUCCAACACAUGCCCAGAUGCAGUCAGAGACAGACUCUCAGGACUUGUUGGUGUUUGCAUCUUUAGUUUUCAGAUUACUUGUAUGUUGUAAUUGCCUUUCCAGACAGAGAGUUUGCACUCCACAUGUUUACUGUAAGUGUUCGUAAAGCAGCUGUGUACUUAUUUUCUUUCAAAUGGUGUUUAUAGCUGCAGAACAGAAAAGUCCCUGGUUCUAUGAGGUACAUACAUAGUAGGUGAUACGUUCAUAUGUUGUGUGUGCUAAAAAAAACUCUAAAUUACAGUAUGUCUGAUUAAACAAUAACCCGAUCUACUACUGGUGUAUGACUCAGCUGAGGAUGACGGCUAUUUUGAAUGACACCUGAGUCAGCGGAUCUUUAAUAGUUGCCCAUGUUUGAGCAACGUAGGUACACUAAUAGUACAGAGCUACUGCACUCUGGCUCUGAUCCCAAAGAGGAGUUAUUUGGAAAAUUCCUCAUACUAAUUCAGGAUAGAGGAUCAAGAAGCAGGAAUGUUAUCAAUUGCUACCACUGUAGUAAAAUACAUAUUUUCACGGGUACAUUGAGGUACUUUUUCGCAACUAUUGAGCUUAUUCAUACGGAAGAAGGCUGCAGCUUUUGGUAGGGGAACUCAUUUUACACUGUGGCUUUGCACUGACUACAGCACUGCGUGGAGAGGUUUCUGUCUCUUGUGACUAUUCAAAUUAACCUAAUUUUGAUAGCGAUAAACAAUUAUUACAGUAUUUUUAAUAGUAAUUCAAGAACAUAUCUGAGCAAAUCUCGACUCAAUAAGUCCACAAAUAAGUAUUGCUGAAGCUUUUUAUGUGACUUUCCAGAAUAAAAAAAGUAGCGUGACUUCAAAGUGUAUCAAGCAUUACAGGAAUGUAUAUUUCUUCAUUUUGGAAAAAAGUUUAAAACUACCAAAGACACCUUAAAAUGACUGAUAAAAGAUGCACAAAUAGUCUAUUUUAACACAACACUAACACUAGCAAUAAGGGCAUGAACAUUGACUGAUAGUGCUGUUCUUUAGAAUGUAUGAGAUGUUUUGUAUAAAAUUAUCUUUUUAUAUUAAUGAACUUUAUUGAUGUUGCCUUCUUUGUGUGUGUAUUUUUUUUAUAUCUGUCAUCCUUCAUUCUUACUUUUUUGCUGGCAAAAGAAUAUCACAUUUAGCAACUGAAAGCUAUAAUAGCCUAGUAGCAUUAACUACAAUAGACAAAAAGCCAAGUGUUAUAUUUUGUGUACAAUUUUCUACAUUUUUAUACAAAUGUGUUAUAUUUUACCAGUAUAUGAAUAAAGAUGUUCAGUGG